AUGGCAGCUGUUGAAGGCAUUGUUCGAAUUAGUGGUAGCCCUUUGAAGUCACUUUCACAGCAAGAACUAGUUGACUCUGAUGAUGUUAACCACGGGUGUGAAAAUGGCAAACUAAGUGCUGCAUUUAAAUAUAUAAUUAGAAAUAAGGGUCUAGUUGAAGGUGAGGUUUAUCCAUACAAAGCAGUGAAUGGCACAUGUCGUAGUUCUGGGUUUGUACAUCAAAGUCCAAUAAGUGACUAUUAUAGGGUAGUGCCAACUGAAAGUUACCUCCAACCAACAGCAAUUGCAGUUGCUGAAGUCAUUGUUCGAAUUAGCGGUCGCCCUUUGAAGUCACUUUCACAACAGGAACUAGUUGACUGUGAUGAUGUUAACCAUGGGUGUGAAAAUGGCAAACUAAAUGCUGCAUUUAAACAUAUAAUUAGAAAUAAGGGUCUAGUUGGAGUUGAGGUUUAUCCAUACGAAGCAGUGAAGGGCACCUGUCGUAGUUCUGGAUUUGUACAUCAAAGUCCAAUAAGUGACUAUUAUAGGGUAGUGCCAACUGAAGCUGUUCAGGGUUUUACUUUGUAG